AUGGAACCUGAAAUUCCAUCGUGGCUGAAUGACGGAUAUUUGGCUACUGUCCUUCAAGGUGGAGAAAACAAAAGUCCUAAAGUUACUGUUACUAACUUCACCACAAAGUCAGCUCUACCUCUGGACGAGAACUAUGGCAGUAACAUCUUCAGAAUGAGUGCAGAGUAUAAAAUUGGUGAAUCUCCUGAGGAACAUACAACGUCUCUUAUCAUUAAAACUCCUCUUACGAAAGGGUUCCUGAAAGAAUAUGCAGAAAAGGCAGAUAUCUUUAACAGAGAGCAAAGGUUCUAUAGUGAAGUAUUAUCGCAGUUGUACAAAAAAGCACAGUUUGAAUUUGGCCCAAAGGCUUUCUACAGCCCCGAUAGAAAUAGGUUAAUUCUGCAGGAUCUGAAAGUGGAAGGCUACGUCAUGGCCAGCAGAGCUAAACAACUGAAUUUUUCUCACUGCAAGUUAGUUAUGACUUCUAUAGGGAAAUAUCACGCAACUUCCAUAUUAUUGCAUAACGAAAACUCAAAGCUUGUUGAAGAAGCCGGCUCAGAGAGGUUGUACUACGAUGAAGGUCCUUUUAAAAAGGAGGUGAAAGGAUGGGUUGAAACUUCUUUGAGGUUAGUAAGUGAUGUUCUGAAAGAAAUGAAAGGAUAUGAACACUUUGGAGAUUUGAUGCUCAGCAAAGUUGACGGGAUCUGGGAGUACCUUGUGAAGGUAUUCAAACCUAGAAAACAGGCAGUGAAUGUUCUCAACCACGGGGAUUUGUGGGUGAACAACAUGUUGUUCAAAUAUAACAGCUCUGGAACACCAGAUGCUGUGAAGUUGGUCGACUUCCAGUACCCAAGGUAUUCAUCUCCAGCAGUUGACCUCAUCUACUUCAUCUGGACUAGUGCGGACGAGGGUGUUCGAGAAACCAAGCAGGAGGAAACUGCUCGACAUCUACCUGCAGACUUUGAACUCCACCUUGGAAGAGCUGGGGUGUCAGGAGCGGCUAACUGCAGAAGAGUUGCGGCAGGAUCUGAGAGCACUGGCGGACUGGGUCCUCGUCCUGAUUUGUCAGCUGCUACCCACAGUGCUUUGCGAGCCUAAAGACGUCAUCAAGACGGAAGAUUUCAAACAGGAAGAUUUUGAUCCUGAAAAACCAGAUGAAAGAAUAGAGAAACGGUAUCAAGGGAAGCGAUUCAAAACUGCUCUACCGACAGUUCUCCGGCAAUACCAGUCUUGGGCGUCUUCUUAGAGAGCGAAGCAUGUGUUACUGUCGGACGACUCUAAUUGAAAACUUAAAAUAUUAAAUGGUAUUACGUUCUAAGUUACAAUAGCUAGUACAAUAGUUUUUGGACAACCUCGAAAUACAAUAAAUACUUUUUUAUACGUAAUUGACGCUACGUAUACAAA